AGUAACUCCCGCUCCAGCUGACAGACCCCAGUAAGCAGCCGCCUCCCAAACCCCAAAGCGCAGACCCCGCACCCCGGCCCGUGCUGUUACCCCAUGCAUCCCGCUAUCUUCGCAGCAGGUUAAGAGGCCAAGAUGCGUUUAUUCUCUUCCUCCCUCGCCGCGACGUCUUCUGCGUUCUCCUCCUGGAGCGACGGCCGUCUCGCGAACACCUCGAACUCCAGCCAGUCGUAUUGUUACAACGGAGCGCUCGGGAGCACCGUGCUGCAGGGGGUCACCUUUGGGGGCAUCCCCACCGUCUUGGUGUUAGAUGUAACCUGCUUCGCGCUCCUGUUGUUGGCGUUUUCUCUGAUCCGGAAGAGGUUCUGGGACUAUGGACGGGUCGCCUUGGUGUACGAUUCAGACAGCGGGCCGCCGAGCAGAUAUCGCAGACUGUCCUCGUCUUCAACCAGCGAGGAGCUUGAAAGGGACAGAGGCUUUUGUUUCUGGAUGACCUCUGUCUUCCAAAUGAACGAUGAUGACAUCCGUGAGCGGUGUGGCGAGGAUGCGACCCACUAUCUUUCCUUCCAGCGUCACAUCAUCUGCCUGCUUGUAAUCGGCUGCAUCUUGUCUGUGGCCGUCAUCCUGCCGGUGAAUUUGUCCGGGGAUUUGCUUGAUAAUGAUCCACUCAAUUUUGGGAGGACAACAAUUGCAAACCUACAGCACAAGGACAGUCUCCUGUGGCUGCAUACGGUGAUCGGCGUGAUUUAUCUGAUCCUCGUGGUGGUUUUUAUGCGACAUCAUACCUCUGCCAUCAAAUAUAAAGGAGAAAAUACGGUGAAGCAGACGCUCUUUAUCACCGGGCUGCCGCGGGAAGUAGACAAGGAUAUCAUCGGUAGACACUUCAGCGAGGCGUAUCCAACCUGCAGGGUAGUGGACGUCCACCUGUGUUACGACGUCGCAGACCUGAUUCGUCUCUCCAAAGAGAGGAAAAAGGCUGAGAAGAGUUUGGCUUUCUACAACAAACUGUUCAAAAAGACAGGACAGCGCAUUUUAAUCAACCCAAAGCCGUGCGGCCAGUUCUGCUGCUGUGUGAUCCGCGGCUGUGAGUGGGAGGACGCUUUAGAAUACUACACCAGGGUGAAUGACAGACUGAUGGAGGAAUUCAACCAAAAAAUGGCCGUCGUUCGCAAUGUUUCGCUGGGAAUCGCCUUCGUCACGUUUGCAGAAAAAUCUAUGGCUACUUUUAUUCUGAAAGAUUUCAACGCGGUGAAGUGCCAGGGGUGCCGAUGCGCUCCGCAGCCCCAGCCCUCCGGCUACAGCCAGACGCUCCGUGCCUCCAGGUGGACGGUCAUGUAUGCCACCUACCCUGAGAACAUAUCCUGGGCGAAUCUCUCGGUGCAGGGCUGGAGGUGGUGGGCCCGGUGCCUCGGCAUUAACUUCUGCCUCUUCAUCGUGCUGUUUUUUCUGACGACCCCUUCGAUUAUUAUCAGCACGAUAGACAAAUUCAACGUCACCAAACCCAUCUACUACCUGAAUAACCCGAUCAUCAGUCAGUUCUUCCCCACAUUGCUGCUGUGGUCCUUCUCAGCCUUGUUGCCGACGAUUGUCUAUUAUUCCACCCUGAUUGAAGCUCACUGGACAAAAUCGUCGGAGAACAGAAUAAUGAUGCAUAAAGUGUAUAUCUUCCUGAUUUUCAUGGUGCUGAUUUUGCCGUCGCUCGGCCUUACCAGCUUAGACUUUUUCUUCCGGUGGCUGUUUGAUAAGUCUGUGGAUGUUCAGGGACCCAUUCGCUUGGAAUGCGUCUUCCUCCCAGACCAAGGAGCCUUCUUUGUAAACUACGUGAUUGCCUCGGCGUUCAUUGGGAAUGGGAUGGAGCUGAUUCGCCUUCCUGGGUUACUCCUGUAUACGGUGCGCAUGAUAAUGGCCAAGUCUGCCGGGGAGAGGCGCAAUAUCAAGCAGCACCAGGCUUUUGAGUAUGAAUUCGGAGCCAUGUAUGCCUGGAUGCUUUGCGUGUUCACGGUCAUCAUGGCGUACAGUAUAACCUGCCCCAUAAUUGUGCCAUUCGGAUUAAUCUAUAUGCUGCUCAAGCACCUGGUGGACAGGCACAAUCUGUACUUCGCCUACUUACCUACAAAGCUGGACAGGAAGAUCCACUUUGCGGCUGUUCGCCAAGCCUUAGCGGCCCCCAUACUGUGUCUCAUGUGGCUCUUUUUCUUUUCUUUUUUGAGAAUGGGCUUUAAAGCUCCUUCCACGCUGUUUACCCUGAUCAUCCUGGUGAUCACGAUUUUCAUCUGCAUGCUUUACACGUGUUUCGGGUGGUUCAAGCACCUCAGUCCUCUGAAUUAUAAGAUCGUGGAGCUCGUAGCUGGUGCAGACACACCGAGUGCGGCCGGAGCUGCGUGGAACUCCACGAUGUAUGUACCAAAUGUGCUCAUUUCGGAACCUUCCGAGACGGCGAAGCUGGACCAGGAAAGGCACAAUUCUUACGGGACGAUAAACAAUGCAGAGACGCCAAACGCCCUGGAAAGCCCCGAGACCCCCGAGGCGGCCACCAGCCCAGAGGAAUACUCCGAUAAGCUCGUGGACUUGGAAAGUCCUUGACAAAUCUGUGCUUCCGAAAGAUAACACUAGAGGGAGACAUAACUCCCCUUAUCCGGGAGGACCCUGUGACAUCACAGCUGUGACAACACCACUCUGACCACAGAGCUUCACAUGAUUAGACUCAGAGUGGAUAAGGAAUCCGGAUGCCGGUUAGCUGUCCCUGGAACAGCUGGCCGUGUUGUAAAACUCAAGUCCGAUGCCUCUGGGUUACGGCAUUAUUAUAAACGGGGCUUUAUGAACAGAACAGAUCCCCUGGACUAUCUGCUUCCCUAUCUGCCAUUCAACAGGGGGGCUGCUGCUUGGGGUGGGGAGGAGCUGUCUGGGGAAAGGGCCACAAAUUAUUCCUCCUUCCAGACUUAAGAAAUGUCAAAGAAUGAACUAAAAACAAACCAAAGAAUUAAAGAGAAAUGUAACAGGAAUUGAUUGAUGGGAGUCCCUGAGGGGGCACAUAAGCGUAUUUUGUGCGUUAUAAGGGCAGCAUAUGGGUCUGUACACAGUCCUGCAAAGUGCCUUGUUAAUGCCCCCCCCCACCAAACUGCCACGAUCUGCCCUCCGGUGGCUGCUGCCGGGAGCGACGGACUCGACAAACCGGUGUUCUUUCCGGCGAACGCUUAAGUAUUUUAAACAAUGUAUCCAUGUCUUUCCAGAUAGAAGUCUCAGGAACCCAAAUUACUUUGAGCUUUUUGCCUACGUAUUUUAAGGUGCUGUUCCACUUUAUUGCACUUUUUUCAAAUGUUCAGUAAAAUGACCUUAGGAAA